UGGUUUCUUCCUGGGUAUAAACUGUGAAGCUCGUGCAUUCACAGUAGUCUGUACACUGUCCUACUUGGAAGCAGGACAGAGGAAACCACAAUGGACCAGAGCACAUUAAAGGAUCAACAGAUGAAACUUUGUUGCUGUUGACUGGAUAUAAAAUGCUGCCGUGGAAGAAGAAUAAGUUCGACCUGAUUGAGGAAGACAAGCAGUCCAAGCAAAAGGGCUAUGCGGUGAGUCUCAACUAUUCUGCGCUCACCUCCUUCGCCAAGUCCUGCCCUGAGAGCGCACUCAACAGGGUGGGCAGCAUGUUCAAGUCAAAGAGGAAAAAGGUGAAGAUCACCAGCGAGGACCCCACAUACACUGUGCUCUACCUUGGAAAUGCCACCACCAUCCAGUCCAAAGGGGACGGCUGCACGGACGUGGCGGUGAGCAAGAUCUGGGGCAAAAGUGAAAUGGGCAAAAACGGCACCAAGAUGAGACUGACCAUCAGCUCACAAGGCAUCCGGAUGGUGCACGUGGACGAUAAAGCCAGGAGGCCUGGACACUUGUACUUGCUGCACCGGAUAACUUAUUGCGUAGCAGACCCGAGGCUACCCAAGAUAUUCGCCUGGAUUUACAGGCACGAGAUGAAGCACAAGGCCGUGAUGCUGCGCUGUCACGCAGUGCUGGUGUCCAAGCCGGAGAAGGCAAAGGCCAUGGCGCUUCUGUUGUACCAGACCUCAGCUACGGCUCUGGCAGAGUUCAAAAGACUAAAACGGAGAGACGAUGCUCGUCACCAGCAACAGCAACUCAUAGGGGAACAGACAAUCCCAUUGGUCCCCCUUAGGAAGCUGCUGAACGGACAGUGUUACUACAAACCCCCAGUGGAGCGCAGCCGGAGCGCGCCCAAGCUGGGCUCCAUCACAGAGGACUUGGUCGGGGAGGAGGAGGAGGAGAAAGCAAUGCACUUUGAGUGUGAGGACAUUCUGGACACGGCCGAUGAUUGUGUUACCAACGGUAAACAAGAGUUGUGUCAGAUUAUUAAUGAUUUGGGAGAGAUGAGCAUAGGAAACGAUGUGCAGACACUGAAAGCUGACCUCAGAGUCACCAGACUGCUUUCGGGAGAGAGCACGGGGAGUGAAUCCUCUAUAGAGAGCAACCCUGAUCCCCCUCCGCUCAUUAACGGGAUCCAGGAGAUAAAGGUGCAGGAAGUUGCCUAAAUUAUUUUAGGCUUUUCUGUUCACCUCUGAUACAUUGUUAUGUUAAGCAACAAUCUCCAACAGAAACAUUUCCCGUUUCAACUUUAUGUUGGAGAGUUAACCCAUAACCUGUGCCUCCAAGACUUAUUUAAAUAAACCAGAAACCAUGGAAGUAAAAUAAGGCUACUGAAUGAUAUUUGGAGAAUGUCUAAACAAAGAAAACUUGGAAUAGCAAGUGCAUGCACAUGAGAGGUUGAACCGACAAAAUCCCUGUGCGCCUUAGGACGCACGGAACUAAUUCCAUCUAUUUUACUUAAGAGGAUUUGUUGUGGCCUCGAGCUUGUUUACCUAAUGAUUUUUUUUGUCUUUCUUUAUCAUGAAAAUUGCAUUUUUCUGUUGAAAAGUGCCCCUAACAACUCGUAAACAUUCCGUUUAGACAGCACGUUAUUUCCCUGAACGGUUCAGUUGGUCUAAACAUGCAUCACUACUUUCCUGUCAGGGUUCUUUUGUUACAGCCUGUUCAUUUUAUUCUUAUUUUGCACUGCUGUAAAGUCAUUUAAGUAUUAUGUUGACUUUGUGUACAUAAUGUUUGUUGGUAUGUUGUCUGAAACAUAAAUGUCAUAUCUUUGCUGUGCAAAAGGAAACACACCUUAAUGUAUUAAAAUGUAAAGAAAGAUGUUUUAAAUAUAAAUAUGUUAUUUUUUGAAGAAAAAAAUGUGGUUUGUUAUGUGAACCUCAUAGAAUUAUCAAUAAAAAAAUGAAAAUCA